UUAAAUUUUAUUUAUUUAAGAGUCUUAGUAUAUAAACUAAUAUAUAACUUCUUAAGUUAUAUGUACAACAGAUAAUAUCAUGAAGUUUAUUCAAUUUUUUGCUGGAUUUCUUAAAAAUCCUAUAAAGAUUCCUUCCAAAGCAAGAUCAUUUGCUGAUACAACAAACAUGAAUAAUUUAAGAGAGGGAGAUCAAGUGUCAGUUUUAAAAGUAAUAACAAAUGAUGAUAUACUCAGGUUUGCUGAAUUGACAGGUGAUUAUAAUCCAAUACACACUGAAUCAGCAAAAAAUAUUGCACAUGGUGCUUUACUCAAUGGCUUAGUGUCAGGAUUAAUUGGCACAAAGUUACCCGGCGCAGGUACUAUAGUUAUCGAACAAAAUCUUACGUAUCCUAAACCAUGUUAUGCUGGCGAUACUGUAGAAGUUAUAGUAAAAAUUGUAUCGAUCAGAAAAAUCAUUAAAUGUAUGUAUAUGUGUAUCGCUAAUGGAGAUAGAAUCGUAUUAGAAGGAGAAGCGAAGCUUAUGAGAAAGAUAUUGUAAAUAUU